GUCUUUGUUGGCUCACGGAGGCUAAAUACAAUCCAGUCUUGGAUGCGUUUCGGAGUUCAUUGUCCUCUACAAGCUUCACCUUUGAGAAUCAAGCCUUCUUAAAUCCCUUCCAUCCCCCUACAUGUAGUUGUCUCUACGGUCUAAGCUCUCUCUGUUCAGCCAGAUCUAAAUUCCUGGCAAGUAUCGUCCGAAUAAACGCAAGUCUGCAAACACAGGUAAGAAACAGUCAGGUAGGCUCGCCCUAUCCCAUCAGACCAAAUCACCCCUCGUCUUGCAGUAUUGUUCUUCUGCUGAUACAUCCGAACUUCUAACGCAUCACUGGGCAACGCGAUCACUGUCCAGCUAAAUCCGACUCAACAUGGCGUAUAUCUGGGACCUCCCCCAGUGCAAGUGCUCUUACUUCUACCAGUAUUACCUCUGCGGCUGCCCCGACCGGACUAUCUCUAAAGGCAGGGGCCACAGCAUCCACGUUCCCUCGUUCAAGGGAUGCCCCAUGUACUACAUGCCACUCAAGCAGAAGCUGGAGUACCACAAGUACGGCUUCCGGCACAACUUGAACCCGCCUCUCGACAACGAGCCCCGAGUGCUCCCCUUUCCUUGCUAUCGCCACAUGAUGGAGGCACGCAUCUAUAUCCCUGCGGAGGCAAUCAAAAAGGCCCAACAAGAGCUGACAGAUCCGAAGCUGAACGCGUACAGCGCCACCUGGAGGAACAGGAAGACUCACGCGUUACUGGAGCAGCUGAAAGAGUGGCGUGACGAGGAAUUGCGGAAGCGAGCGCGGGAGGAAAACAAAAUAAUCCGCCGCCGCUGGCAGAGUGAGAUCCGAAAGAAACUUGGGCCGCUCGAUGAACAUCGUGAACUCGAACCCUUAGCCAAAAAGCGCAAGGCAGACGAAUGCAACGAUCCAGUUCAAGACCCUGAACCGUUAAGAAAGAGCCCCAAGACAGAUCCGGAGAAACCUCCAUCCCCCCCUCCGUCUCCCGAGCCCAAUUCACCGCCCAAGCCCCCUCCCAAUCAAGCAACACCACAACCUGAACCUCAGAAAGACGCAGAUGACCCUCCCAACCAAGGCUUCCCUACCCUAGCCGAGUUCGCAACCUGGCUCUUGGGCUUCAACCCCUAUCCCUCCCCUCCACCCUCCCCUCCCCAACCAGCAAACCCAAACCCAGAACCCAACGACACCCCCCUUUCUCCACCCCUCAACGCUCUCUCACACAAACCACCGAGCCACUACGCCUCCCUCGACUGGCUACUCGAAGAACAGCAGGUGGAUCUGACACGGCAAGACGGCCGCAGCGCCGCCGCGCCGUACCUUUACGGGUCGCGGCCGCUGUCGUCAGAGCCGGAGGAUUCGGGCGGGGGAGGAUAUUAUCCACGCUACGAGGCCGCUGCUAACACGGGGUACGACGGCGGGGCGUACAAACUUGAUGCCGAGGCGCUGAACCAGGCAAGAACGGCAAACUGGUGGCGUCGCGACCCCUCGGGCUGGCUGGCCCGCUCUGUGGGGGGGUUGACUCAGUUGAGCCUGAAGCUCCCGGGAGUCCAUGGAAGCUUUUCAGGUGAAGAAAGUACCUUCAGGUUAUCUGGUUCUCUGCAGACUUCGAAGAACUGGCAUUCAUAUAGUCAGGAGUGA